GCCGCGAUCCGUGGUCGUAGUAGCGAAGAUGAGUGUCUAGAGGGAACGAGUGUUUUAUUUUUGUGCCCAAAAAAUUACGGAAUCGGCCGUUUCUCCAUAUGUGUUUCGUUCAAAGCCUUCUGAUCCGCAAUAAUACCGACCGGCUUCGUAUUUUUUACCGAUAGUCGCACUAGCCGUCGCCACCAUGGUCGAGAAAAUAAUCGAGGAAUUGGAAAAUUACGAUACAGGCAUGCGAAUGUUCGGCAAAGCGAACAGCAUGGUCAGACGUAGCGGGGACAGCGGCGUCGGCAACGGCAGCGCCUCGGACAGCGGCGACCAGGGCGAGCAAAUGGACCCGGAGACCCGGGCGCAGGAGCUGGCCAGGCACAAGGAGGACGCGAAGAGGAAGCGUCGCAGGAAGAAGCGCACCAGCUCGUCGCUGGUCUCGUCCUGUUUCCACGACUUGUACAAGUUGACGGGCGAGGUGUUGGGCGAGGGCGCUUACGCGAGCGUACAGACCUGCGUCAACCUGUACACCGAUCAAGAGUACGCGGUUAAGAUCAUCGAGAAGGUGCCGGGCCAUGCGCGAGCGCGCGUCUUCCGCGAAGUGGAGACCUUCUACUACUGCCAAGGACAUCCGAACAUAAUUCAGUUGACGGAAUUUUUCGAGGACGAGGAAAAAUUCUAUUUAGUUUUCGAGAAGAUUAACGGGGGACAGUUGCUGGCCCGAAUACAGGAGUACAAGUACUUCAGCGAGGCGGCGGCCGCCGAAAUAAUCCGCGAGGUGGCGUCCGCGCUGCAGUUUAUGCACGCGAAGGGCAUCGCCCACCGCGACCUGAAGCCGGAGAACAUCCUGUGCGUCUACAAGGACCGCCUCUGUCCGGUGAAGAUAUGCGACUUCGACCUCGGCUCGGGCAUCCGUUUCCAGACGAGCAUGUCGAGCCCUUUGGCAACGCCGCAGCUCCUGACUCCGGUGGGUAGCGCGGAGUUCAUGGCGCCCGAGGUCGUCGAGACAUUCGUCAACGACACCGACACGCACUCGUACGACAAGCGUUGCGACCUGUGGUCGCUGGGCGUGAUCGCCUACAUCCUCUUGUCCGGCUACCCGCCGUUUUACGGCAAGUGCGGCCGCGAAUGCGGCUGGGAACGCGGCGAGAACUGCACCGCGUGUCAGGAGCUGCUCUUCCACAGCAUCCAGGAGGGACGUUACGAUUUCCCGGCGUCGGAAUGGGAGGGCAUCUCGUCGGACGCGAAGGACCUGAUCGCUUCGUUGCUGAUCAAGGAACCGGGCAAGCGUAUCAGCGCGGAACGCGUGCUCGCGCACCCGUGGCUAAAGUGCGCGAGCGACUCCGCGCCGCUCGUCACGCCCUCCGUUAUCAAGAAGAACAACUCGGCGCGCGAGCUGUCCCAGUUCGCCGAGUCCGCGAUGGCGGUCAAUCGGGUGGUGCAGCAGCAUUUCAGCGUCAACCUCGACUACCUGGAACAGCGGCAGCCGUAUCCGAAGGACGGGGGACAGCAGCCCACCACUUGCUCUUCGGCCAUCUUGUUUGGCCUGAGCCCCCCGAGCGAGAGCAAGCUGAUCCAGCGACGGGCCAAGGGGGGGGGCUCGUGUCAGUUCGUACUACCUCAUAUCACGACAAACGCCAUUUCCAGCCCGAGCUGUUAAGGCAGAACGCCAUUUUGCGCGUUCCAUUUGUACAAUUGUUGGUUUUUUUUUUUCGGAAAAAUUUUCUUUCAAUUUUUUUUUCGCGCCCCUUUACAUUUUGUUUGUUAUCGUAAGAGUAUAUCGAAUUUUGUAAGUCCAAGACGCGUUAUCGGUUCGCCGCACCCAUUAUGAUGCCUUUUGCGAAGGCGUGUUUCUUUUGCCGACCGCGGAAGGAUUUCAGGUGGUGAAAUUUUUUUAACCGUACAUGAAGGAAAAAAAUGAAAGUUGUAAAAUUAAAAAAAAACAAGAAUUAAUAAAAUUCUAUUUUAUAAGCUGC